AUGUCCAGCAAAAGUCAAGUACAUAAAACUCUUUCAAAGCUACUUGAAAAUCUGUCACUUGAAGAAAAUGAUGAAAAGUUUCAUGAAUAUCUUGACAAACUCGGGUCUUUACCACAUGCCGAAAAAGAAGCAAAAUUCAAAGAAUUUUUAGAUAAAAGUGAAGAAAUUUAUAAAGACACUUCUAAUAUAUCAUCCGUUAAUGUUGACGAUAAUUACACACAAUAUCAAAUAAAUGAAUACCGCAAGAAAGCAAUUGCUGAUCAUACCUUUUCAUUUGCAACGCAGAACAACCUUGGACAUGUUAUCUCUGAGCGCCUCACAAAUUUCUUUAGUGUUAACAGUAAACUUCUUGGAUCCGGCGUAGAUGGUAAACCACUUAAACAAGUUACAUGUGCAAAUAUCAUCAUUGCCAAUAAUUUCUUCUGUAAAAAAAUCGCUGACAAAAUUUGUAGUAGUUGUCAUGUUACCUCUUAUUGCAGCAAAGAAUGUCAAAAAAUGCAUUGGAAAUUACAUAAAAUUACUUGUAAAUCGGAUAUCGCGUCAAAGGAUUGGAAACCAGACUAUAUCAUUGAAAUGCGAACUCCUGCAUUUUAUGCUCAAAGUCAGCCUUUUAUUUCUUUUAAUCCUUUAACAACAGAAUAUUUAUGGGGAAACAUGCCAGCAAUUGAUAUUGUAAAUUUAGCUUCCAAUGAGCUUUCUAAUGGCAAAUCAUGUUCUGAUUAUAAGGUUCCCUUUAAUCUUCUUUUUGCUGCAAGUGGUGACCUCAAUGAUGUUAUUGCUUCUAUCAAUGGAUUACCACUUGAUUUUAAUCAACCAAUUAAUAUUUGCAUCAAUGAUCAUGCUGAAAGGAUUGUGAAUAAAGAAGACAUAUUUGAGUUUGGUAAACUCCAGAUUCGUACUCAUUUUGAUUCUGAGACUUGGAUAUGCUUUGCAGGGAUGCUUAGCAAUCAGAUUGAUCUACAAACUGCUGUUGAUUCUCGCAAUAAUAUUAUGUUAAAUCCUGCACGCAGAGACUAUCGACAUAGAUAUAUGCAAUGUCUUACUCCAGGCGAACGAAUUUGUUUUGAUAAUUUCCGUCAUCAUGGAAUUCUUCUCCCAUUUGGUGCGUUGGAUGCUCAUCAUAAUGUACCAAAUAGGUUCAUUAUAGAUCGAAUGUUUGGUUGGACAAUGGCUGAUAAUUCUGAUCCACUUAAUGGGUGGAAUAUAAGUGAAAUUGCUAAAGUCAAGUGUGGAACCGCAAAUGAUGAUUUUUAUGGAAAGUUCUUCUUUUACUUACGUGAACAACUUGAAAACUUUACUGAUCGGUUGCAAAAAUUAUCUAUUAAUUUUGAUUUAUAUGAUGGAGAUGCACUCGAACUUGGUAAAAAAUUAAAAGGCAGGCUGUUUGAUCGAAUUUAUGUAACUAAUCUUAGUGACGAAUUAUAUGUUGGUAUUAAAUCCACAUUAACCAAAUUCCGUCCACUUUUAAAUGAUAAUAAUCCACAUGCAACUUUAAUUACACUGUUUAUGAACUGGCUACCUUCUAUUCCUGAGUCUGAUAAAAUAAGAAUAAUGGAAGAAAUUCUCAUGAAAAAAACCAAAGAAUAUAAAAUGAAUCAUACUCCGUCACAUUUUGAGGCUUCUAAUUUGGUAUCUAUGUUAACAACUCAAACUUCUACUGAAGCUACUGCUUUGUAUGAUCAUAUUCAAGAAUUUAAUGCAUAUAUGAAAAAGAUGGGUGCGAAUAAAACUGCGGAAAAGGUCGGAUUGCGUCGUCGAGCAGUUCAUAAAGUAGUGCCCAAGAGACUUGGUGCCAGUAUGAAACAAGAUGAACAAAAUAAUGUUAUAUCUUUUGAAGAUGAAAGAGAUAGACAUUUAUGGUUUGAUUUGGGAUCACACACGUUUUUAGAACGUUAUGCUGAAUGGGAAAUUGCAACCUAA